GAGCGAAAUGAAUCGAAAGUCUCACGACGGCGGGUUUUAGCGAGUUCCCCUUUGGUGGCAUGGUCAGGCGGGGCAGGUCAACUUCAGACGCCAAGGCAACCCAGAAGCUCGCGUUGCAGCUUCCCGAAUUACUCGCAGCUCGCAGCGCCCUCAGCAGUCACCCAUCGCCGCCCGUCUUAGCCGCCGCGGCCGGUCGAUUUGGAACACUCUGCAGCGAUUGCAAAGGAUUGAAUAAGCGUCGCCGUUCCCUGCGUUGCGCCUCUUCCUCGGCCAGUAUCGCGAGCGCCCGCCGCAUUUGCCUGCCUACCGUGCACGGCCGGUUCCUCCGCACAGCCUCCUCCACCCCGUUGCUGUACCCACGUCCAACGCCCGCCGCAGCCUGCGCGAACGACAGAUCCUGCACGAGUUCGAGCGAGAAGACGUCCUCGGAUAGCUGCGAGCUCUGAGAGCCGCCCAUCUACCUGCCCUCCCCACCCCUCUUCGCCUCCUCGUCCACCUGCGCAUCAUGGACGGAGCUGGGCAGCCCAACCUGCGCAUCACCAGUGCGUCUUACCUACCUUCGAGUGCAAUAGCGCCCUCGUUGCGCUUCACCACCAAUCUGA